UGUAGAAUAAAUAUUACGAGUAUUUUAAAUACUCACGUGUAGUCGUUAACAAUGCAAGUUCAGGAUAACUGCGCAUUUUGCCUCGUCUCUAUGAAGCGUCGAGCAUUGAAAAGGUUACAGCCAUUCAGACACCUAUUUCAUGCUGACUGUUUUGAAAAUGUACCAACCGCAACAAGUUGUCCAAUUUGUCGAAGCGAUGUAACGGUUGCCGAAUCAGUUGAGCGACGUGCCAACAUAAAAUACUCUGCUGAAGACAGGAAGCGAAUUGUGGAGGCAGCCAAUAAAGGGCUUGAUUGGGUGCAGCUGGCGGAGUCUUUAAAUGUAAAAUAUAAAACGGCUUACGUAUGGGUAUCUUCUGGCACUCCUCAAGCACUAAGGCGAGGCGGUACAAAAGAAAGAGCGCUGUCGGACAAUGAAGUUGCAGUGAUGGUCCAAUGGAUUGAGGAGGAUGCCACUAUGACACUCACAAAAAUUCGUGAAAAAAAUUAAACAAACGUUUAGAAAAGAUGAGUGCAUUUCCA